AUGCAACUCAAGCUCCCCACCGACACGAACGCUCGCGGAGCGGGCACUACGAGCGAGCAACAAACCGAUACACCUUCCUCUUCUACGUCUGCCCAAAACCAGCAGAUUCUGUCCGAGACGGGCACUGAGACCACUCCUGCCACGCCUCCAAGCGAUUCUUAUUGGGGCCGGCUUUUCGUUCAGGCGUCGGCAAAGGCAAACGCACAUAAGAUCGAGAACAACAAAUUGACAGAGGAGAACAAUGAGUUGAAAGCAGAGCUGGAGGGCGCCAAGCAAGAGCUGCGUAGGGCAACAAUCAAGAUUGUCAUGGACGAGAAGGCAAGGGAGCAAGAGGCCGAGAAGCUUCAGAAGGCAAACGAGAGCCUCGAGGCUGCUAGGAACAAGAUUGCUUCGGUCGAGGCAGCCAAUACCGAUUGGGUUUUGGACCUUUAUACUACUCAGCACGAGCUUCGGAAGGCGAACGCGGAGUCCAUUUCUGUCCAACGUGCACAGGCCGCUCUCGAAAAGGUGCUCGAGGACACGAAGCUUGCACAUGACGAUCUCGAAAAGGAGCUCGAGGACACGAAGCUUGCAAAGGACGCUCUCGAAGUGGAGCUCGAGGACACGAAGCUUGCACAGGACGCUCUCGAAAAGGAGCUCGAGGACACGAAGCUUGCACAGGGCGCUCUCGAAAAGGAGCUCGAGGUUAAGAAGCGCGAGUUGUGCAAGAGCGAGUCAGCAAGGUCGUAUCAGGGCGAGUUCCACGAGACUGUCAAGCAGAGAUUGCUUGCGGUGGAAAACAUGCUGUAUGCUUCCCGGAGAACCAGUACCACUGUGGCUUCGGAACUAUAUGUCACCAAGCAGAUGCUGCAGGACGCAAACGAGGAGAUUAGUGCUGGCGUGUCUUCGCAGGCCGCUCUCCAAGAAGAGCUCGAGGACACGAAGCGCAAGCUGCACGAGGCAGUUAUGGGGAGGAAGUCCAGCGAAGUAGAGAGGACGCUUCUGAAUUCAUCGCUCGCGAUCGUCAAGCUGCAUUUUUAUAAGGUAAAGGCUAGACUUUCUGCCUGUGAGCAAGAGAAGGAUGCCUUAAAACGUCAGCUUUCGAAUCAGUCCGCCACCGUCGAAACCGCAGUCUCCCAGGUUGUGGACAAGAUUGCUGCCGUCGGCCAUUCUAUCGAAGGAAGACUGUCUGCUUUCGAGAACACAGUCGAGUCCACCAUAGGCGAGCUGCACGACGGAGUUCAGAGCAACGGGGAGCUGGUGAGCCUGGUGGAGAGGCCCAAGCCUCAGUUGAGCGAAGUAAAGGCGCCAACUGGUGUUCUUGAGGCUACCACGGCCGAACAAAGCAAACAGUGCAUUGAGAGCAGCCCCGAGGAAUUGGAAGAUCAGGAAACAUCCAUGCCAGAGUCUCUCAAGCUGCGCUUCCAGAAGGCAGUAGAAGAGAGCAAUCGUCUCACACAGGCUGGUAGCGUCGCUGAAGAUGCCGAUGCCGCAAUCCAGAAGGGCCCGCAUGAGGUCAGGGAGACUCUUCGUGACUAUUUCACCCACAUCGAGGAGAAAAUGAUCAAAGAGGAGAGAACAGUGAAGGAGGCCAUCAACGUAGCUCGGGGGAAGGUUACCAAUCACCAAGACUGGCUACACAGACUUCGUAAGGUGGUUGCGAAAGAUACAAGCACUCUCGCCAGAUUGACGCAUGAAGGGUUGAGACAUGAGUGCUGGGAGCGGUGCAAGAUGUUGAUCGAAAUCCUUUCCGGCGCGGAAAAGCAGGAUGAUGGUGUCAGAGAUCGCAUCGAUGCGGUUCUCAGGGGCAGGAGAAAUGAUUGGGGCUACAACUACAGUGGGCCAUCUAAGCUGGUUAGCUGGGAUAGCACCUAA